AUGGCGUGCCGCAAAGCGCAGCAGCUGCACUGUCAGCAGCAGGAGAUGGCUGCCAAGAACAUCAGCGCGCCCAACACGCGCGGCAAAAACGGCAAGAAGAAGAGGAGGCCAAGGGAGCCGGAGCCGCUUGAAGAAGGCUCUGCGGUCCACUGGGCCGUGAUGCGCGUCAUGCAGCGUGCCGUUCCUGUGGCUGAUGUGGAUGUGCCCGAGGCGGCCGACGCUGUUGUGGCGGAGGCUGCAGAUGCGGCCGGUUUCGCGGCUGUGCCAGAGGCGGUCGACAGCGCGGCAGACGUUGCAGUUGGUCACCAACUGCAACGUCUGCCGCGCUGCGUGGCGAAUGCUGAUAUCAGCGUUUGCCACCCCUGGCACAGCCGCAUCUGCGGAUUCAGCGAGCUGAUUGCUCUUCAAGCUGGUCAGACAGGCACCCAGGCGGGCGGAUAUGCGAGGCUCGUCUUCCUCCAGACCAGCGUGAUGCCAAAGCGCGCCAGGCGGCGAACGCUGUUGCGGUGGAUGCUGCAGAUGCGGCAGACGCGGCUGUGCCCGAGAAAGUACGGUGGCAUCCCGGAGACGUUCGCAUCCCUGCGGCCUGAGCAGCGAGAGGCAAGCCUCGAGUUUCCUCAGCUGAAGAAGUUGCUGGAGGCACUCAGCUUGCGGUGCAAUUUCAAAGGCCGCAAAGCGCAGCAGCUGCACUGUCAGCAGCAGGAGAUGGCUGCCAAGAACAUCAGCGCGCCCAACACGCGCGGCAAAAACGGCAAGAAGAAGAGGAGGCCAAGGGAGCCGGAGCCGCUUGAAGAAGGCUCUGCGGUCCACUGGGCCGUGAUGCGCGUCAUGCAGCGUGCCGUUCCUGUGGCUGAUGUGGAUGUGCCCGAGGCGGCCGACGCUGUUGUGGCGGAGGCUGCAGAUGCGGCCGGUUUCGCGGCUGUGCCAGAGGCGGUCGACAGCGCGGCAGACGUUGCAGUUGGUGGAUUGGCGGAUAUGGCCGAUGCAGACGAUGACGCAGAUUCCGCAGACUGGUGCAGCUGCUGCAGCUUGGAGGACAUGGACGCGGAUGCCGCUGCAGCUGCGGCUGACGCCGAUGAGGCACAUGCCGCAGACAUAGCUGCGCCAGACGCGGCCAGCGCUCGUGCUGCAGCUGCCAAUGCUGCAGAUGUGGCAGAUGUGGCUGAUGCCGCAGAUGUGGCUGAUGCUGCAGAUACAGCUGAUGCCGCAGAUGCGGCUGUGCCAUGGGUGGCCAACCCUGAUGCGGUGGAUGCCGCAGAUGUGGCUGAUGCCGCAGAUACAGCUGAUGCCGCAGAUGCGGCUGAGCCAUGGGUGGCCAACCCUGAUGAGGCUGUUCCCGGGGUGGCCAAUGCUGAUGCGGUGGAUGCCGCAGAUGCGGCUGUUCCCGGGGUGGGCAACACUGCCGCAGGUGUGGAUGUGCCAGAAGCGGCCACUGGCGAAAGUGACUGGUUCGCUAUGCUGAUAAGUUCAGCACGGGAAAUGGUCUGCUGCGCGCGUCUCAGGUGA